GCUACCAGUAGGAAUAGUUGUGUUUGAAGUUUAAUGAGAGUGAUGAAAUUCUAUAAAGACCUCUUGAGAAGUCGAGAUAAUAAUAUCCAAAUUAUUGAAACCAUCCGACUUCGACUUUCCCAUAAGUGACUAUCCUGACUUACACAAGACUUCGGAAACAACCAGCAUCAUGAAGUUCACUUCAGCCAUCACUACCCUCUUUGCCACCUUGGCAGUUGCUUCCCCACUUGAGAGCCGCGAUGCCCUCCUCAAGCGCCAAGCUGCAGAGCCUUGCACCGUCGGAUACUGCACCCAGAACGGCGGAACCACUGGCGGUGCCAAGGGCUCGACUGUCACUGUCACUACAGUCGCCGCUCUCAUCGAAGCUGCUAAGCGCACCGAACCUCUCACCAUUAUCGUCUCUGGCAAGUUGACAGGCAGUGAUAGAGUUCGACCUGCAUCUGACAAGACCAUCAUUGGUGCUGCCGGAAGCUCAAUCACUGGUGUUGGCUUCUAUGUGCGUCGCCAGAAGAACGUCAUUCUUCGAAACCUCAAGAUCGCCAAGGUUGAUGCUUCCAACGGCGAUGCUAUUGGCAUCGAUGAGUCUACUAACGUUUGGGUUGAUCACUGCGACCUCUCCGGUGAUCUGAGUCUUGGAAAGGAUGACCUUGAUGGCCUUCUUGACAUUUCCCAUGGUGCUGAUUGGAUUACUGUCUCCAACACCUACUUCCACGAUCACUGGAAGGGCUCUCUGAUCGGCCACUCCGACAGCAACGCCUCAGAGGACAAGGGCAAGCUCCACAUCACCUACGCGAACAACUACUGGAAGAACGUCAGCAGCCGCCAGCCCCUCAUCCGCUUCGCUACCGUCCACCUCGUCAACAACUACUGGGACGGCAUUCUUCUUUCCGGUGUCAACACCCGCAUGGGCGCUCAAGUUCUCGUCCAGAGCUCUGCUUUCGCCAACUCUGUUGAGCGCGCUAUUUUCUUUGCUGAUUCCAAGGAGACUGGUUAUGCUGUUGUUGAGGAUGUCAACCUUGGUGGUUCGGUCAACUCUGCUCCUAAGGGCACUCUCACUUCUGCUUCGCUUCCAUACAAGGUUACACUUCUGGGAUCCGGAAAGGUUGCUUCCACUAUUCCUGGCACUGCUGGUCAGAAGCUGUAAGAAGGGGUUCACGAGAGCGCCGGUAACUGAAGGGGGAUGUUUGGAGGUUAGCAAGGUGCCAUGGGUUUGGAAAUCGGAGAGACUGAGUAUGAAGAACGAAUUGAACGAUCUGGUGGUCAUUGCUUCACUAUUGCUUCGAACUCUAUGACCAGCGAUACAUAUAUCUCAAGGGCCCAAUACUGAGUUCAAACACUGUAUAAUAUCCCAUGCACAGGAUAGUGAUAGAAGAUGUAAGAUUAAUGGCCAUAUAUGUGUAAAAGCG